CGACAAAAUGGCGUAUUUUCAAGCCAUGUCGUCAACGAUAGGAGUUAAAUAUGUUUUGGUGAUUUUGUACCUAUAUUUUGGGCCAGUUUGUAGCGAUAAAGAAAACAAGAAAUCUGGUAACUGUUUUGCAAGUCAAAAUUAUUAUUGCUUUGUUGUUGCAUAAUAAAAUAUAUCAAUAUGUUUAUGAUGCUUACGUGUACAAUAUCAUGUGCCAAUAUAUGCAAGGCUGUAAUCGAGAUCAGCUUUACAGUACCCCCUUAAUAUAGGGCAGUUACCCCUGUAAUAUACUUAUGUGCACACCAUUAUUUGUGUGACUCUCUCCCAUCAGAAAGAUGUUUGAAAAAGCAUACAUUGACCAUGUACAAGCUUUGCACCAUAAUGCUAAACAGGUCAUUGAGGAGUCUGAAUAUGAGAAUAUCCAAUUAUUGGCGGUGGCCGGUGGAGGGGGAGGGUUUUUCCUCCUCAAAUUUUCCUAAGGGGCUUUUCAAAAAAAGAUAACAAAAAUUUAAUUGGUGUUUUAGGGGGUGGGGGGAUGGCACUAAGCCUGAAAACAGGCUGAAUGUGGGCUACCUUAAAGAUACUCGAACAGUUACAAAAUAUUUUAUAUCCUAAGGGGAUUUAAUAUGCAGGGACCCCUCAAUAGGGGUGCUGCCUAUAUAUAAUGGUCAGGCCUAGCUGAUGCAGCCAUCUUUGUUCUUGGUUGACCGCGGGACUGCUCACACAUAUUGUUAACCCAUUAAACCAGAAUUUAUUAUCUGGCCUCUUGGCUCAGUUGGCUGUUCAUUAGUAGUGCUCACACUCAAUGGGUUAAGGGUUUAAUUAUUGUGAUCAAUAAAUGAGUAUUGUGUAUAUUUGCAGAGGUUCUGUUAUGCAGACAAUGUGGUCACAGUGUGGUGGAUGGAAGUGAAGUAGUUGAUAUUAAAAGUACUCUGGCCCUCAGAUAUAAAAAUGCUUCUGUUCUCGGUCCAAAAGGGACAUUGGUUCAGACUUUCAGAAACCCCCAAGGUUCGUUCAACAAAUGGGGGGGGGGAUUGAUUUUCAGCUUGCACAAUUUUUUUUUGCUAUCUUGUGCUAGCUGGAUUUUUUGCGGAAUAUUGAAGAUGUUUUACAAAUUUAUUUGCUUUCCCUUUUUGCCAGAAUUUGUCUUAUAAUAUAUGGCAAGGAACGCUAUCACCAGAGGCGCCGGAGAAUCGAUAAUAGCGGGGGCAGAUAUUCAUAUAUUCGUGUUCACAGACUGUAAAAACAAUCGUUUCAAAAGAAAUUAAUUGGGCAGAACACGAAUAUAUGAAUAUCUGCCCCCCCCCCCCCAAUUAUCGAUUCUCCGGCGCCUCUGGCUAUCACUUUUUCCUCAGCUGUUAAUUUUCCCUAUUCAGUAAAAAAGUUCAGUUAUAAGUAAUCCUUAUUGGUGUCCAAAAGCAAAUCUGAGUACCUGAAGAAAUAGCCUGUGGUGUUUUGCAAAUUUAGUACAUUGAAACCAUUUACAUCACAUUGUGACUGAGGUGAAAUUAUAAUAAUUUCAGACAAUAGCAUAUUAGGGAUGAAUGCUAAAUUAAGUAAAUUGGUGAAAUCGUUACAAAAAUGUAAUUUUAUUCAAAUUCCUAGGUAUGAGUUUUGACGUAAUUACAGUAUCAAAAGCGCACAUACAAGAAGCCGGAGAGGUAUAAUUUUAAAUUUAAUGUUCAUGUAUUGUCUUUGUCUAUUUUCACUUAAAUUCACUUUAAAUAAAAUCUAAUGCUACUAUUUUUCUAAAAUUCCUACCUCAGGGCUGCCGAAAGGUUACGCAGGGCUAAUUGGGGUAAAAACUUUUCCCGGAGACCCCUAUGAUGUCAAAACAGAAGAUGUGGUCUUUUGCAAUAUAUUACACUUUAAUUAUUACAUAUUAUUUGGCUAACACAGCUAGGAUGUAUGUUCUCAGUUAAGCAAUCUGGUAUCAAGAAACUUUAAGGGCUGGGGCCCCAGGACAAAGUGCCCCGCCCUGCCGCCCCCCACCUUUCAGCAGACCUGUCUCAAAUAUUCAAAUUCACACUACUUUAAAAUCGAGUAUUCAAUAAUCAUCUUCCAGCUCUGAUUUCACCAAUUUAUUACCAUAUAAUUUGCAUAAAUUUCAGGCGUACGAGGAACAUUCCUGGUUUCCAGAUUAUGCCUGGAAAUUGGCGGCCUGUCCAAGAUGCCGAGCACAUUUAGGCUGGUAAGAUGAAAGCUUGUUAAUGAUUUUCCAUGCUAACAUUGAUCAUCAGAUUUCCCUACCAUUAGUACCCCAUUAAGCUGCAAUAUUGCACCCAUUAAAUGCACUUGACUUUAUUAUUUUACUCUGUCUAAUGCCAGACAAUUUUCCUCAUCGAGGGGAGAGUCACCAACGUGUCUUGUUAAUCCAUUAAGCUGUAAUGUGCCCUUGUCAAGGAGGUUAAGGCUCUUUUCUACUCAUCGCAAAAAUCAACUCGCAAGCUCAAUGUGACUGUUGCAAGCUCUCAGUGAUUGUCGGCCGUUGCAAGCUCUCAGUGACUGUCGGCUGUUGCAAGCUCUCAGUGACUGUCGGCUGUUGCAAGCUCUCAGUGACUGUUGGCUGUUGCAACAAGCUCUCAGUGACUGUCGGCCGUUGCAACAAGCUCUCAGUGACUGUCGGUUGUUGCAAGCUCUGUGUAUUUGCAGUGAGUAGACUCUUGCGAAGGAUGGAAAAAGGCUUUAAUCCUCUUUCUUAUAUAUCAUAGGACUUUUACUUCAACAGAAGAUGAUGAUGACAAUGAUCAUGAUACAUAUAACGAGAGACCUUCCGAGAAAUAUCAAAAACCUAAACAAUAUUCCUUCGCUGGGUUGAUUGUAUCGAGAUUAAUUCGCGAGAGUUGUAAGUAUGCGCAAAGGCAUAAGGCAAAAAAAAAAUAUGCGGGUUUCCGGUUUCUUCUUAUAAAAACUUAGGUAGGGUAGGUCGGUUUUAACUUUUUUUUAAACUUUUUUUUUAAAUUUUCCGAACAACCGGACGCCAUUUUGUUUAGUCAGUGCUUCCACAUCCAAAGAUAAAUUUCCCUAAUAUUGCCUCAAAUUUUAAUUUUCCACAAAGUUUUUCCUCUAAGUGGAAACACUUACAAGCAUGAUCCAAUAAAAAAGUUUAGGGUCGGGAUUUCGACGUCCAAAAGCUAGGUAGGGAAACCGGAAACCCACAUAUUUUUUUUGGCCUAAAUGAGCAUUUACGAUAAACUAUAAUCAAAUUUGUCUUAUACCGUCCUAUUUUUCUUAAAUUCUAGUUGCAGAUUCGUUGAUAAUCACGCCGAAAAUAUAUCAAAGAUAGCAAAAUUGAUUUCCACAGCAGGCAAAAUGAAAAAUGGCAGCCGUUCCACAAUUUUCAGUUCUUGUUGUUAGUUUAGAAACCAUGCAAGACCCGACAGGCCGGUUGUUCAAAGCUGGAUUAACGCUAAACCUGUAUUUAUUUCUUCGUUAGUUUGUAUGUUUAACCUGUUGCUUUGGUUUGAGUACAUUUGCACUUCUGUUUAUUUCAAAAGUUUGGAAAAUUAAACUUCUAUUGAUCCAGACAUGAAUUUUGGAAAACAAUCUUCGUGUUUCUAAACAGGAUGUCGGGAUCGAAGAUUGCUUUGAAAUUUGCGUUGACCUAGGAUUAGCCGAAUUCAUAUUAGGGACGGGAAACUCGUCUGCGAAAACCCGUCUGAAUAUGAAUUUAGGGACGGGUAAAUUCGAAUUUAAGACGAGUUUCCCGUCUAGACGAGAUUCCCGUCUAACUUUCCCGUCUGUUUAGACGGGUAAGUUAGACGGGAAAGUUCGGACGGGAAACUCGUCUGCACCCGGAUUCAUAUUAGACGAGUUUCCCGUCUGAGACGAGUUUCCCGUCUCUAAUAUGAAUUCGGCUAUUAAGCUGACCAGCCUUUGAACGACCGGCCCCAACAAGUCAUUACUUAUGGCUGGGAGGGUGGGGUGCAAUGGGUGAUUUCAGCUAUCUAUAGACUAAAUUUUGAUCAAGGCAAGAAGAAUGAAAUCCAACAGCACAGCUAGAAAGAGUGUCUUAGAAUGAGUAAAACUGCAAAGAUUGGUUGCUAAAUGUUGUAAAAUGAAGAAAAUAUAGCCCUGUGAAGUUCGCAAAUUUUGUGAUAUAUUUGUAUUACGCGCGGUAAAAAUAACCACUUUCGGAUCAAAAAUGGUUAUUUUUCCUGCGCGUAAUGCAAAUAUAUAAAAAAUUUGCGAACUUCACUUCACAAAUCAAAAUUUUGUCUAUAACUGAAAUCAUUGGAUGCUCUCUAUGGUAUACUGUCGUUCCAAUUGAAGUGUUGCUGAAAUAUUGAUUCAAUACAUUACCUCAGGCUGACCAAUUCAUUUCAUCAAGUUCCUCGAGAUAUUCAUACACUUCCUGUGAAAGAGCCAAUUCCAAGAAUUUGAUCAUCUCUGGUCAUUUCCUUUCUAUUUAUGAUUGGUUAGUUGCACAAACAACAAAGGUGAUUGGUGCAUUCAAACUCUUCAACAGGAAGUUUACAAUUAUACUAGGAAGUGUAUGAAUAUUUUGAGGAACUUGAUCAAAUGAAUUGGUCAGCCCUAGGUAAUGUAUUGAAUCAAUAUUUGAGGAACACUUCAAUUGGAAUGACAGUAAAACUAUAAAUAAUGACGCAUAGUUUGAAGAAAUACGUAUGGAUACGUCGUAUAUGGAAUGUGUAAUUUUCAUAAUUGUACCUACAUUAUAUGUGACGAUGUUAAAAUCCCGAAGUUCCAGCCAUUUUACGGAUUUGUUCAUAGACUAACCAAAACGUCAUAGACCAUGGUGCCUGGAAAUUAUAACAAAAGGACAGAUGUGUUAUGCCCGGACCAAGCGAGGAUGCGAGUGUAUGAGAGUUUGGCAGUCACGCGAGCUUGGUUAGCUGUUCUUGAUGCUUUCCCAACACUAUCAUGUAUUCUAUUUAAGUUAAAACAUAGUUGGGACACUUAUCAAAACUUUAUUUUGUUAAUCUAGAGCUUGAAAUGACCCCCGUAGCAAUACGUGACUACCAACUCUCAUCAACUCUCAUCCUCGGGGCUUAAGUCGUUCAUGCAUACUCUGGUACACACGUAAAAACGCACAAGUUGUAACAAGUCUGCAAACAAAUUGUUACACGUCUGUUCACAAGCUGUCAACAAGUUGUCUUCACACUGCUUGUUCCCAGUUUGUUGUAACAAGUUUGGAACAAGCUGUUAACAACUUGUAACAAGCUUGAUGGCAUUAUCAGCCUUGUUACAAGACUGUGCUAACAAGUUUGUUACAGCCAUGAUAUAACAAG